AUGGCCGAUGCCCCUCUUCUUCGACGCUUAAAUGGUCGUCCCCAGGCUUGCGAUCCAUGUCGAGCGCGGAAAGUCGCGUGCGAUCAUGGUCAGCCCACUUGUUCUCGGUGCGAGAAACGCAAAGAGUCUUGUGUCUACACCAUCUCGGAGCCAAGAGUCAAGAAGCAGCGGCUUCGGUCUCCAAGCCAAGCAGUCACGAUCUUUGAGGAAACAAGGAAUAGUCUCUCGCUCGUCCAUGGCCCUGCGCUCGAGAUUGAGCCAAGUCCGAGGAGGCCGCCGAAGACGAGAGCUUGUUUGAUUGAGAUGCCAUCUCAUCUCCGCGAGAUGUGCCUCUAUGUUCUCCGUAACCUACCCGGUCCUCGUGACGAUGUCAUGCCCAAUAAACUUCACUGUCGCGUCGACGACUGGAUGUUUAUGGUUAUCGAGGACAUUUUGCAUACUCUUCAGCAGGACUGGAGCGAGUAUCUUGCUACAAGGGAAGAUGCGCAGCUGGAGGAGAUGGCGUUGUGUAUCAGUAACAACACCUCGAGGCCCAUUCGGGAUGAGCAUUCAAGUGCCAAGGCUUGGACCGAUCAGUUCACGGGGAGUAACAUUCGUUGGGAAUCCAUCGGACUUAUCUGGACUUAUUGGAAUGGCGCACCUGGUAUGGAAGCCGCAGCUGUGAACAGGUGUUUGGGCUCUUGUGUCGAGCUUGUUCGUCAUUUCACGACUGCUAAUGAUAUACUUCUUUAUUUGUGCUAUCGCAGAACAACCAUCGAGUCGCUGGUAACAGGCGACGCCGCCCGCGUUUACGCCCUCGAUAAGGUCCUCGUCUCCUUCACGGGCCGACCGCCGCUUCUUAGUCAUCGCUACUUUUCGGGUCCUCUGGCGAUUGACAUAGAUGACCAAGAUCUUAUGGGUGGCGACGCUGCUAUCAAGCGCGCCAUGUCGAGGUUAGACGAUAACGGGUUUCGUCCUGAUGGAGAGUUGCUCGGUGCGGCGUUAAUAAGGGCGCGUGUGCAGAUUGCUCUUAUCAAGGGUGAACUUCUCGAGAUGGCAUUGGCGAGCAGUGUCAAAGCGACCUUUGAACGACUAGCGUAA